AUGUUUUCGUGUUUCCUACAUGUUUUAUCCUUUAACUUACUAAUCCAUGGCCCUAUAUCCAUUUCUUUAACUUCACCCAUGUUAAAAUUGAAGAAGGUCAUACCGGGUGAUUCUCUGCCAGACACAUCACAACGUGCCACUCAGCUUGCCGCAUUUUUUACUCAUUCUUCGUACACUCUUCUGGUCACACCAACUGCCUUGUACAAUCCACAGCAAAAUGAUGUAGCAAUUGGUAAGGCAGUAGGUAUCCACCCAGAUUAUAUUAAAUUAGAUUUUGGUCAUGCUGUGAAAGGUGUUCUACUUGCACAGGCUUUCCUGAACUGCACAAAACGCAACAAACCAAAAAUAAAUACCGGCGAUUUUUUGCUGUGCAGAAUAUUACGGGUUGGAGACGUGGUAUUUGCCAGCUGUUGUGAGGAAGGGCUGGGUGUUCUUGAAGGUGGAUGGAUAUUUGAGACCGAUGCACUGCUGGUCAAAACACUUUUCAUAAAGAAAAAUAUUCUGAAUGAUAUUGGACGCGAGUAUAAAUAUAAAAUAGCGCUAGGUUUGAACGGUAUGAUGUGGAUUGACGGAAAGAAUGCAAUGGUGGUUAAAAACGUACGUGAUGAGAUCCAUAAGCGUGUUAAAUCGCUGUGCGGGCAAUAAUUCUUGGUACUGUUGUUUCUUGAAGCUGAUUAAUUUAAAGUUACAAUUUGAUUUGUAAUAGCUGACGAAAUGUUUAUUAAAGUAGGUGCUCCUGUCC